AUGAACAGGAACAGGAACAGACAGCAACGUCUAGCCCCCAAAACCGGCCCCUCGCCCCCAGAGCCGCCCGAGAACUCUGGCAAAGUAUCCAAGUCGCUGAAGGCAUGUGAGCGAUGUCGCGGAAUGCGCAAGCGGUGCGAUGGGACUCAGCCCUGCGCGAGAUGUCGGCGGCUCCAGGCCGAGUGCGAGUAUACCGGCGUGGAUGGACGGAGGAGGGAAGACUGGCGAGCGCGGAUUGAAGCGCUGGAGCAGCGGAACGCGUACCUGGAGCAGGUUGUCCAACAGCUGAGUGGCGCCAGGGAACAACGUGCCUCAAUGACACAGCCAGAUCUGGGAGAUGGCGUCGAACUGGGAAUGACUGCGUUGAACCUGGCGAGGGCCAAGAUGCAAGAGGCUUUGAAGGAUGUUCCUACUGAAGUAGAGAAUGAUGACAGCAGAAGGACAUUGCAGACAUUAGUCUUCCUGGAAGGAUGGCUUUCAUAUUCGCUCGGCUAUCGGAAUUGCUUGAAUCAAAACGAGAUUGAUCUGGUCCACUGCACCGUGACCCUAAACAUGGACUCGGAAAACAGCGAAGCCCUGACAACAAGACUGAUCCAGUCUCAAAUGACACGACUGGCCCUGCUGGCUUCAGGGAUCCAGUCUCAAAUGGCCCACUAUCAGCAUGACGACUGCUGGACCCACGCAGACAAACUGUCCUCCAAACUCGAUAUAUGGCACGCGGCUCUCCCGCCAGAUCUACACUUGGCCGCCCUCAAUAAGCAGGGGAAGACAUUAACCCUUGUUCAGGAGCGCGCUCUAUACCUAAUGCAUAUACUUUAUAUCGAUGCGCGGCUGCAGCUGUAUUGUCGUUUAUUCAAGGCCUCGCAUCACGCAUCUCCAGGGGACAAACAGGAACGAGGUCAGGAAGAACAAGAGCAGGACUCACCCUCCAUAGAGGGCCUAUUCCAAAAAGUUCCCCGCCAUAUCAGCGACGUCCAUACAGACUUCGCCGUGCAGCUCGCGCGCAUUGCCUCGCUGCUGUACAACGAGAAGGCAAUCUUCACGCGGUGCUGGCUAGCCAUAUGCGCCGUCUUCGACGCCAGCGUCGUCCUCCUCCUCGGAAUCUGCCAGAAAUACAUCACAGGCGACAGUCCCGGCUCUGGGAACGAGUUCUAUAGUAUCCCCCAGCUCGCCGGUCACCUUGAGUCAUGUAUGACGGUGCUGCGAUUCUGCGGGCGCAGCGACAUUGCCGCGCAUCGGCUGGGUGACAUGCUUGAGCCUAUUGUCGAGCAGCUGAACCGCAUGGACGUGAUCGAGCAUACGCCGCAGACCCACGAGGAUGGGGAUCCGAUGAAGAUUCAGUAUGUACUGGGUGAAGAAGGGUCUUCUGAGGCGCUUCCCCUGCUGCGUAUGACGUACCGGCUGUUGAAUUCUAUGCCGCCGGAGGGGAGUACUGUGUGGGUUUAG